AUGGGUUUCGACACUACGCCUAUCAAAACGAACAAGUUAGUCUACAAGCAUAAGCUGCAUUUCGAGAACCCAAACUCACUAUGGUUUCUUCUGCUUAAGCUAUACUACAUGGGACGUACAGCAGCACAAUUCGCCGAAUCAUCAGUUCCCAAUGGAAUCCAGCAUAUCGCCAAAAAAUGCAUUGCAGGACGCGCCAUACUGGUAGACUGGUACAAAUGGGCCCAGAGGAACGGCCGCGUGGUCGACGCCAUGACCGCACAUUCUGUCCCUUUCACCGAGCUCCUGGAAGUCAUCCAAGACCAAGGCCUCUCCUCCGAUGACUUCAGGGCCGGGGACAUCAUCCUCUUCCGGUUUGGAUAUAUCAGUCAGUACGAAAACAUGCCGGAGGAAAAGCGGGCCCGACUCGAUGAGGUGUAUAAAAGGCAGAAACCCGAGAAUAUCGGCAUCGAGCCUUCGGAAGAGCUCUUGCGGUUUCUCUGGGAGAAACGGAUUGCCGCGGUUGCAGCGGAUUCUAGAUCCUUUGAGGUUUGGCCUUGCACGGAAAUCGAAUGGCAUUUGCAUGAGUGGUUGCUUGCUGGUUGGGGGAUGCCGAUUGGAGAGCUGUUUGAUCUGGAGGAGCUGAGCAUCGCUUGUGAUGAAGCUAAUAGAUAUACUUUUUUCCUGACAAGCUCACCGAUGAAUCUCGGCUUGCACUCUGGCAAUCCGAUCCAGCUGUCGCUGGCUGUACGAGAGCUUAGACGUGUGGUGUUUCUUUUCAUCCUGGUAUGUGGUUUUUGGGUGAGAGAUCUUUGA